GCCCCAGUUACGACUUGCGAGCGACAUUUCUGGCGUGCCUAACUCUUCUCUUUUCUGGUCUAGUCCUCUUCAUCUCGUCCUUCCAGCCACCCGCGACUUAGUCUCGCGCGAUCCCAUCGUCGAGAUCACCUGUCCCGAGACACCCUUCGCGAAACAACCCCCUCGUACGAAUCGAAACAACAAUAUGCUGAUCGGUCUCGUGCGCGACUCGGUACUCCAGUGCUUCUGUCACAGCUGCAAGGCCCCGUUGGGCGUCGUAGCGGGACAGAGGAGGAAUAAUGCGCCAUUUAAGAAGCCGAGCGGCAAGGGUAAGCCGCGGACCAAGCAGCCGAAAAAGGUGAAGUUCAUCACGACCGAGAUUCGAUGCCAGGAAAAAUCCAAGGGUGGGCUGUGCUAUGAAGUGAUCCUGGCAGAGCCGACGGUGCCUAAGAGAGCGCCCUCGCCGCCGCAGCAGAGUCCGACUCAGCAGACCGCGAUUGAGGACAAGUUGAAGGCCGCCGAGGAACGAAGACUAUCCAUCGAGGCGCACAAGCUCGCCGCUCUCGCUGCCAAGCUCAGCAAGAUUGAGGAGGCAUCUCGCAAGAAAGACGAACUCAGUGCCGCUUUCAUCGCCGCCACCCGCGAGUCAUUGGAUGCGAAAAUGAAUAACACGGAAGAGAAGCGGGAGGCCCACAUCGCUGAGCUGAAGAACAAGUUGAAAGAUCAUUUGGAGAGUGUUGAGAAGACUCGCUUGAGUCUCGAGCAACAAACUGAGGAAGUGCGAUGCGCUGUCGAGGAGAAACUGAAAACUGCUGCGGCUCAGCGUGAUGAAAAUAUUAAGAGGAUGUUGGAUCGUCUCAAAGAACAUGAAGAGCAAGUCGCUCGCGUACGUCAAGGUAUGUCAGAGCGCGUGCAGCAGUUGGAGUCCCAAAUCCAGGGCAAGUUAGAGCAGGCACGCGAACGUCGCGAGACCAUCGAGCGCGAGCAGAAAGAGAAGCUGCGCAAUCAUAACACGGUGAAGAUAGCGAAAAUGCGUCAGAUGGCGGCGCGCGAGCUCCUGAUGAAAAAGUGCGAGUUCGACAAGAGGGUGUCGACCGCGGAGAUGAAUCGGCAACGAGAGAUCCAGCGUCGCGUGCAGGCGAUUCGCCGCCACCAUGAGAGGCGCGCCGAGAUCGUGAGACAGAAUAAGAAGGAGCGCCAGGAUAAUCUGACGGACGUGAAUCCGAUCUUACCGGUAGAGAACGAGACCGCCAGUUCCGGCUAAGUAUCCGGAAAUUCUCUUUAAGGCCGCUCGAACGCCCCGCAAAGCUCCGUUUCGCUUUGUGCCAUUAUUUUUUGACUCGAAGUAAAACGGGAGGUCGAUCGCCGUGCAUUAGACGUGUUCGCAUUUCGAGCGAGAGAGGUAGGCGGAGCCGAAUCGUCUCCUUACGGUUCCUGGAUGUCAUAUGGACAAUACUGCCUUCAUCACGUUCUCAUUUCGGCAACGAUCCGCAUAGAAACACGGUUUCUUGAAUUUUUAGAAGGAAAGAGCGAGGAUAGUUAACAAUUUCGAGGUUGUUGCGAAAGUUUAAUUUUAACUGGGCUUUAUAUGACAGAGCUGUAGGCAUUAAGAUAUGUGGGGC